CCGUUUCCCACUGCCCAUUCGUUGAUGCUCAAGACAUAAUUUCUACUUCCGAGUGUUGUGCGGCGAAUGUGUUUCGCUCAAUUUUGUGGGCCAUUUGCAGUUCACUACUGAAUUCCUUUACCGGCUGGUCGUUUAAUUCUAUUUAUUAUUAAUUUUCCACGCCAACUCUACCCAUCCAUAGGCAUUCUAAUGGCUUUUAAAUGUGGAUCAACUUGGUCUUGGAGAAGAAUUCUGAUGGUGCAUUUUAGCCUACUGUUAUGCUACUCAUCCGGCACACCACUUCCUCACAAUACGAUCAGUCUGAACGAUACAAAACCAGAAACCGGUAUCUCUCGCGUUUCGCGACAGUUUUUUCCUGCAUCACAAGAUUACCAAAGAACGAUACCCAACCAAUUUGUCGGCCCAACAUUCCCACAAUACGGAGCCGGGCACCAUGACCUCAUGGCAGAACAUCCCGAAGUGUUGCCGGAGCAGUUCAUUCCAGCGUACGGAGCCUCACUCAGUCGCUACUCUCCACCGGAAAUUAAUCCCAUGUUGCGGAACCAGACCUUUGGUGUUCCCGUGGGCUCCCGUGGGUUUAACACCACUUUAACACACCAGGAUUCGGACUUAACAGAUCUGCACGCACCCGGCCAAGAGGAAUUCGAUUUCAUCAGUCCACUGCACAGACAGCCGUACGCGCCCACCAUGUCGGUGUACCGUCCUUUCCCACAGCGUUUUCUGAACGAUAGUGGUGCUCAUGAAGGCUCCGGCAUGAACAGGAACACCUCAUUGACCGAAUACCGGAAUCCUCGUGUUCCUCAAACCAACUUUAGACGACCAUCGUCAACCAGCAAAGUCGGUAAAUCUGGACCGCAGUCUUUAUCCCGGGCGCUAACAACGGAUGACGCCGUAGUUGCAAACCGAACCCUGGGCGCCCAUACACUGAAUAAGGUCAAGCAGCCGUCAUCCCGUUUUUCCAACAAAACCGGCAAUACUGUAAACCGAACAGUAAAGAGAGUGCGAAGACCAACUAACCGAACUGCCUCCGCUUUGAAAUCCGCAACUGCUGCGCCGGUGAAAAGCGACAGCACUCCGACACCGACCAAAAAAGCCACAUCAGGACGUUUCCGUGUGGUCCGUAACCGUACUUUCGUCAACCAAACCCUAUCAGCCUCCAAAGCCAGAAAGAAGGUUACACUGCCAAAAAAGAAAUCUGUUUUCGAGAAGCCUGUUGUUGCAGUGGAUCGCAGUAUGGCGACAAGCGAUGCGCCUCUAAUCAAAAAAGUCCCCGCUGCCAGAAUUAAGAACAAGAAGCGCGUUAUAGUGAAACCGAAAGUGAAGCCUACUCCGUUCAACGCCAGAAAACCCGUGUUUGUAUCCGUGACAGCGGACCCGGAACCCAUAGAUAUCAAGGUACUGCCGGAAAUCUUUGGUGGGUCUUCAGCGAUGGCCGAAACCGCAACAACCACCGUCGAAGCCGUUGCUGUGCGGAAACCGGCAAUCUUUCAACUGAGCACUGCAACUGUAGUAGCUACUUCAUCAAGAGAAGCCGAGCCGACCACAAGCAAUGCAGCAAUAAUACAAACGACGGCAAGCAGCACAAGCACAACGCCUGAGAUCUCUUCACCGGAAGUUGUGACCGAAAGAAUUCCUAUGCUAUUUGAGAUUGUGAAGGAAACUACUACAACAGCAGCGCCAAAUGCCAUUCCAUCAACUACAGGUUCGACAGAAGCGCCUAUUAUUAUUACCUAUUUGUCUACAACGGACACUACUACACUGACAGCCACAACGAUGCCCAGUGAACCGGUAACUCACUUUUCUGCUAAUGCAGCCAAAACUUCUACCGCGCCCAUUCCGGAAGAACAAACAACUAUACCAACUUCUCCUAUGGAUGUCACUUUUCCGACUUCAAGGUUGCCCACAGUUACAGGUGGCAAUCCCACCGAUUUCUCCACAACUGCGGCGGAUUUAUCGGAAGAAAGCACAGCCCUGGUCGUGAUGAACUCUACCGUUUCCAAAGAAGAGGUUCCGAGCGAUAUGCUGACGGUAGCCACAACGAGUACUCAGUAUUCAGUCUCGAAGGAACCGGUGCCCGCUACGGCGAGCAGCUUCAUCCCACAAACACCAAGCAAUCCUGAGUUGUCAACAACGGUUGAAACGUUCACGCUGCCUGGAUUAUUUGGCUGGGAUGACUCGGAGGAAAUUUUGUCAGCUACAGCAGCUGCAGAAUUAACGUCGGACAAAACCGAGGUCACCGCUAGCAGCACACCGGCUGAGGAAACUGUACCAUCGCGCUCAACAGAUCUUAAUACUCCUGAUACGGCUGACCCAGUUAAAAUCGCAGCGUUUGAGGAUUCGUUAGCAACUUCGGCUGCACACAUCGACAGUUCUUCAUCCAGUAGCUAUGAAAUCACAUCCACUGCAUUGGGUAUACAAAUGCCCACCAAAGAAGUUAUCGCUGACUUCCCCAACCUUUCUCAUGCCGAACUGAUGACGUCAAUGCCGGACGAUAUGACAGCAAAAACGUCGACGGAUCACGUUGUGGUGGAAUCGGAAGUUAUCUUUGACAUUGGUGCGACUGACCUGGUUUCGGCAAGUGAUGACGACUCACUAACAACAACUUGGGUGUCCACUGCACUUAUUCCAGUCGGUGAGAUCACGGAUGCGCCUGCGGAACACAACACUGCUUCGACCGCAAAUACUUUUCCCACAGAAUCGCCCUACAUCAUUGCAUCCGAACAGACAGCAACAGCGUUUAAAAAUGUGACCGAUACAACAGCGGAAAGCGAACAGCGGACGACGGAUGAGGCAUUCACGACUAGCCUGAAUGCCCAAUCUUCAACAGCAACAGAAGCUGAAGCGGAAACCGUUUUAUCUGACACCACAACCAAAGCUGACACAUCAACGUCAACAGUUUCUGGCGAUUACGGUCAUCUUUCGGCAUCCAGUCUACCUUGGACUGUGGAUAGCAAAAUUCCCUUCAGGUUAUACUUGCCAGGAAUGGAGGAGGUCUCUACCGCCACAUCAUCAGCCACUGAUUUCAGUUCGCCAGGUGAUGCGACUACAGACACUCAACCGACUGACCUGCCAUCUUUUGACAAUUCAACUGAACAACUUGAAGCGAUUCCCACAACAGAUUCCUGGAGCCUACCGGUAUUUGUCAAUUCUGAAACUACGGAUGCCCAUGCCGACGUCGUUUUGGUGACAACUGUACCCGAAACCAGGGAACCUUUUUCCAGUUCGGAAACUCCGCAAAGCGACACAACGGAGGAAACAACAGCUGUUUCGACACAGGAUACAACAAGCAUCGAAACAACAUCGACGACGAUGCUCCCUGUGCUGUUAUCAGAAGUCAACAGCUCAACCUCACCGGCGACAACGGAAUCAACAAAUGCUUUUCCUGAUGACGAAACAGACGAUCGCUCAGCCGUCACAGAAGCAACUCCUCCCGUUAAUAUCAGUAAUGCGACGGAGACGCCAACGCAUCAGGAAUCCACGUCGGAAUCGACCCCUCGGAACCCAACGGAAGCUGUAUUGGAUAACACCAGCACCGAGGCCAGCGCUGCAAGUACCGAUUCAGAGCCCACCCAACCGGAUGAACGGUUGGUUAAUCCGGCCGAGCAGACGCAGUUCAGCUCAUCGACUACGAUGGCCGAUCCGGCAUUUACUGAAAGCAUGCAAAUUACCGCUGAUGAUGUUACGACGUCGUCGGAAUCGGUGAGCAGCACCACCGCGGAAGGCCCUCAAGAACCAUCGACGAUAGAAAAUAUCGUGGAGAGCAGUACAGAGGCCUCCACAGUGGAAGCGGUAGCCAACCACGAACCGGUUCUACCAACCACAAUGGACUUGGCGGCAAGAACAAGUGUACCGAGUGAAGCAGCUUUUUCUCAAGCGGAAAUGGAACGGGAAGGAUCGUAAGCAUUUGUCUUUUGUUGCCUGUCCGUGGGAAAAGUUCAAUAUCGCUAGAUGUUAAUAUAAAAGGUCUUCGUUAACGUUGUCAUAAUGCUCAUACUAGUCUGUUUCGUUUCGUCAAGUGCAUGAAUGCGUAUAUUAUAUGUUAUUGUAUUUUAUACAUGUUUUUUGUUUCGAAAUUUCAAACCUUGUUACAAGCUCAUAACAAACCUGAAAACGUGAUUACGAUUACUGAACAGUCUAACGAAUAAUCAAGUUUAAUGGAUCUUAUUUAACACCCUAGCUAAAAAGCGAAUGAUAUGUGCACCUACAUUGUUAAAAAUUUCAGUGCAAGAACAUUGACAAAAUUAAUAACACCCAGCAAAGCAAAUAAUGAAAGAUAUCGAUUAUUCAUUGAAUAAGCAUAACAUAAUGGAUAUUGCUCAGUCCGAUAACCACAACGUUUCUAACUGCAUCCCCCACUCGAUGACCCCAGCAUAAAACUGCUUUUCUAUUCAUUA